CUGUUAUUUCGUUUGUGGUCGCGUCCUGAGGUCAGCGGGCAACUUGUGUUUGAGGAGUUCCUCACCUCGUCUGUUCUGGUACGUCGGGUUGUUGGGGCCGGCCGAGGAGCUGCCGCCAUGUCGCGCAUUGACAUGAAGGAAUUCGGGGAGGCUGCGUCGUAUUUACGCAAGCCUGACGCGGACCUGAUGGCGUCGCUCAGCGCCGCGUUUGAAGCUAAGAAGCGAGCCUGGAUCCCCGAUGACAAAGAAGCAUACAUCGAGAUCGAGAUCAAGGAGCUCAGCGGUGACAAAGUCCUCGCCGAGACCAAAGACGGGAGGACUCUGUCGGUGAGGGAGUGUGACGUCCAGCAGAUGAACCCUCCGAAGUUUGACAUGAUCGAAGACAUGGUCACGCUGACGCACCUCAACGAGGCGUCCGUGCUGCACAACCUGCGCCAACGCUACUCCGCCUGGAUGAUUUAUACCUACUCCGGCCUCUUCUCUGUGACGGUCAAUCCAUACAAAUGGCUGCCGAUCUACACGACCCCUGUGAUCGCCGCCUACAGAGGCAAAGGGCGCUUUGAGUCUCCGCCGCACAUCUACUCCAUCGCAGACAAUGCAUAUAAUGACAUGCUGCGCAAUCGAGAGAACCAGUCCAUGCUUAUCACCGGAGAAUCCGGUGCUGGCAAAACUGUCAACACGAAACGUGUCAUUCAGUAUUUUGCCAUUCUGGCAGCUAUUGGGGAGACAACUGCCAAAAAAGGACAAGGUCUGGCCACUAAAACAGGGGGGACCCUGGAGGAUCAGAUCAUUGAGGCAAAUCCAGCCAUGGAGGCGUUUGGUAACGCCAAAACGCUAAGAAAUGACAACUCAUCUCGUUUUGGCAAGUUCAUCAGGAUCCACUUUGGGCCUUCUGGCAAACUGGCCUCAUCUGAUAUUGACAUCUAUCUUCUGGAAAAAUCCAGAGUGAUAUUUCAGCGGCCCGGUGAGAGGAGCUACCACAUCUACUACCAGAUCAUGUCUCAGAAGAAACCGGAACUGUUAGACAUGCUGCUGGUGACCUCCAACCCGUACGACUGCCACUUCUGCUCGCAGGGCGUGACCACCGUGGACGGCAUGGAUGACGAACAGGAGUUCGUAGCUACUGAUCAAGCCAUGGACAUCCUCGGCUUCCUGGCCGACGAGAAGUACGGCUGCUAUAAAAUAGUCGGAGCCAUCAUGCACUUUGGCAACAUGAAGUUCAAGCUGAAGCAGCGGGAGGAGCAGGCGGAGGCCGACGGCACCGACAGUGCCGACAAGGCCUCGUACCUGAUGGGCAUCAGUUCAGCUGACCUCAUCAAGGGCCUGCUGCACCCGAGGGUGAAGGUGGGCAACGAGUAUGUGGUGAAGGGGCAGAACGUCGAACAGGUGAACUACGCCGUCGGUGCUCUGGCCAAAGCCACGUACGACCGCAUGUUCAAAUGGAUCGUGGGACGGAUCAACCGCACCCUGUACACCUCCGUGGCUCGCCAGUACUUCAUAGGGGUCCUGGACAUCGGGGGGUUUGAGGUCUUUGAACUCAACAGCUUCGAGCAGCUGUGCAUCAACUUCACAAACGAGAAACUGCAACAGUUCUUCAACCACCACAUGUUCACCGUGGAGCAGGAGGAGUACAAGAGGGAGGGCAUCGAGUGGACCUACAUCGACUUCGGCCUGGACCUUCAAGCUUGCAUCGAUCUCAUUGAAAAGCCGCUGGGCAUCAUGUCCAUCCUUGAAGAGGAGUGCAUGUUCCCAAAGGCCACCGACAGCAGCUUCAAAGCCAAGCUGUACGAUAAUCACAUCGGCAAGUCGCCCAAUUUCCAAAAGCCAAAGCUGGACAAGAAGCGCAAGUGCGAGGCUCAUUUUGAUCUGGUGCACUAUUCCGGAGUGGUGCCGUAUAACAUUAUUGGCUGGCUGGAUAAAAAUAAAGACCCGCUGAACGAGACGGUGGUGGCGUGUUUCCGGAAGUCCGGCAACAAGCUGCUGACCGCUCUGUACGAGAACUACGUCGCCUCAGACUCGGUGCCCGAGCACAAGAUCGGCGGCAAGGAGAAGAGGAGGAAGGCGGCCUCGUUCCAGACCAUGUCUCAGCUUCACAAGGAAAACCUGAACAAGCUGAUGACCAACCUGCGCAGCACGCAGCCUCACUUUGUUCGCUGCAUCGUCCCGAAUGAGACCAAGACUCCAGGGAUCAUGGACUCGUUCUUGGUCCUGAACCAGCUGCGCUGCAACGGCGUGCUGGAAGGCAUCAGAAUCUGCAGGAAAGGCUUUCCCAACCGCAUCCUCUACGCCGAAUUCAAGCAGCGCUACCGCAUCCUGCACCCACAGGUCAUCCCGGACGAUAAGUUCAUGGACAGCAGGAAAGCUGCGGAGAAGCUGCUGUGCCUGCUGGAUAUCGACCACAACCAGUAUAAAUUUGGACACACAAAGGUGUUCUUCAAGGCCGGCCUGCUCGGCCGCCUCGAGGCUCAGAGGGAUCAGCGUCUGGCCAAAGUGCUGACGCUGCUGCAGGCCGCCGCUCGGGGCCGGUUGAUGAGGAAGGAGCGGGACAAGCUCUCAGAAAUGACCGAGGCUCUGAGGAUCAUCCAGUGGAACAUCCGGGCCUUCAACGCCGUCAAGCACUGGCACUGGAUGAAGCUCUUCUUCAAAAUCAAGCCUCUGCUGAAAAGCGCCGCCACGGAGAAGGAGAUGGCCGCUCUGAAGGUGGAGCUGGCCAAGCUGAAGGAGGCUCUGGAUAAAUCAGAGGUCAAACGCAGAGAGCUGGAGGAGAGGCAGGUCAGCCUGGCCCAGGAGAAGAACGACCUCUCUCUCCAGCUGCAGGCGGAGCAGGACAAUCUUGCCGACGCCGAGGACCGCUGCGAGCUGCUCAUCAAAGCCAAGAUCGUGCUGGAGUCCAAGGCGAAGGAAAUCGCGGAGAGGCUGGAGGACGAGGAGGAGAUGAGCGCCAACGUGGUCGCCAAGAAGCGCAAGCUGGAGGACGAGUCCGCCGAGCUCAAGAGAGACAUCGACGACCUGGAGCUCACUCUGGCCAAAGUGGAGAAGGAGAAACACGCCACUGAGAACAAGGUGAAGAAUCUUAUUGAGGAGAUGGCCGCUCUGGAUGAACUCAUACUGAAGUUGACCAAAGAGAAGAAGGCUCUUCAGGAGGCUCACCAGCAGACGCUGGAUGACCUGCAGGCGGAGGAAGACAAAGUCAACUCUCUGACCAAAGCCAAGGCCAAGCUGGAGCAACAAGUGGACGACCUGGAGGGAUCACUGGAACAAGAGAAGAAAAUACGUCUGGACCUGGAACGGGUCAGACGGAAGCUGGAGGGAGAUCUGAAACUGUCGUUGGAGUCCAUCAUGGACUUGGAGAACGACAAGCAGCAACUUGACGAGAAGCUGAACAAGAGGGACUUUGAAAUGAAUGCAGUCAGCUCGAGAAUAGAAGACGAGCAAGCCAUGGUCAUUCAGCUCCAGAAGAAGAUCAAGGAGCUACAGGCGCGUGCCGAGGAGCUGGAGGAGGAGCUGGAGGCCGACCGGGCCUGCAGAGCCAAAGUGGAGCAGCAGCGCGGCGACGUGGCCCGCGAGCUGGAGGAGCUGAGCGAGCGCCUGGAGGAGGCCGGCGGCGCCACGUCGGCUCAGAUCGAGGUCAACAAGAAGAGAGAGUCGGACUUCCUGAAGCUGCGGCGAGACCUGGAGGAAGCCAUGCUGCACCACGAGGGCACCGCGGCGGCCUUGCGGAAAAAGCACGCCGACAGCGUCGCCGAGCUCGGCGAGCAGAUCGACAGCCUGCAGCGGGUCAAGCAGAAGCUGGAGAAGGAGAGGAGCGAGGCCAAGCUAGAGGCCGACGACCUGGCCUCGACUGUGGAGCAUCUCUCCAAGGGCAAGGCCACUUCAGAGAAGAUGUGCCGCAUGUACGAGGACCAAAUGAACGAGGCCAAAGCCAAGUCCGACGAGCUCCAGAGGCAGCUCAACGACACCAGCACCCAAAAAGCUCGAGCUCAGGCCGAGUCUGCCGAGGUGAACCGGAAGCUUGAAGAGCGGGAAUCCAUGGUGUCGCAACUCCAGAGGGCCAAAAACGGCUUCAGCCAGAAUGUGGAAGAGCUCAAGAAACAGCUGGAGGAGGAGAAUAAGGCCAAGAACGCCCUCGCCCACUCGCUGCAGUCAUCUCGCCACGACUGCGACCUCCUGAGGGAGCAGUACGACGAGGAGCAGGAGGCCAAGGCCGAGCUGCAGAGAGGUCUGUCCAAGGCCAACGCCGAGGUGGCUCAGUGGAGGACCAAGUACGAGACGGACGCCAUUCAGAGGACCGAGGAGCUGGAGGAAGCCAAGAAGAAGCUGGCGAGCCGUCUGCAGGACGCCGAAGAGACGGUGGAGGCUUCCAAUGCCAAGUGCUCCUCCCUGGAGAAGACCAAGCACCGGCUCCAGACGGAGAUCGAGGACCUGGUCAUCGAUGUGGAGCGAGCCAACGCUACCGCUGCCGCCCUGGACAAGAAGCAACGCAACUUUGACAAGAUGCUUGCUGAGUGGAAACAGAAGUAUGACGAGUGCCAGUCAGAGCUGGAGAGCUCUCAAAAGGAGUCUCGAGGUCUGAGCACAGAGCUCUUCAAACUGAAGAACUCCUACGAGGAGACCUUGGAUCACCUGGAGACCAUCAAGAGGGAGAACAAGAACCUCCAAGAGGAGAUCGCUGACCUGUCGGAUCAAAUCGGUCAGGGAGCGAAGACCGUCCAAGAGCUGGAGAAAGUAAAGAAGGGACUGGACAUGGAGAAAACUGAGAUUCAAGCUGCCCUGGAGGAAGCUGAAGGCACUCUGGAGCAUGAAGAAAGCAAAACUCUCCGCAUCCAGCUGGAGCUCAACCAGAUCAAGGCCGACGUCGACAGGAAGCUGGCGGAGAAGGACGAGGAAAUCGACAAACUUCGCCAUAACCACCAAAGGACCCUGGAGACCAUGCAGGCCACCUUGGAUGCCGAGGCCAAGUCUCGCAACGAAGCAGUGCGCCUGAGGAAGAAGAUGGAGGGCGACCUGAACGAGAUGGAGGUGCAGCUGAGCCACGCCAACAGGCAGGCCUCGGAGUCCCAGAAACUCCUGAGAAACCUGCAGGUCCAGGUCAAGGAGAUCCAGUUGGAGCUGGACGAGACCGUUCACCAGAACGAAGAGCGGAAGGAGCAGGUGGCGAUGACGGAGCGCCGCAACAACCUCCUGUCUUCGGAGGUGGAGGAGCUCAGAGCUCUGCUGGAGCAGAACGACCGCGCUCGCAAGCUGGCCGAGCACGAGCUGCUCGAGGCCACCGAGAGAGUCAACCUGCUGCACUCUCAGAACACUGGACUGAUCAACCAGAAGAAGAAGCUGGAGAAUGAUCUGUCCAUCCUGUCAAAUGAGGUGGAUGAUGCAAUGCAGGACGGCCGCAAUGCGGAAGAGAAGGCCAAAAAGGCCAUCACCGAUGCGGCCAUGAUGGCAGAGGAGCUGAAGAAGGAGCAGGACACGAGUUCCCAUCUGGAGAGGAUGAAGAAGAACCUGGAGCAGACCAUCAAGGAUCUGCAGAUGCGCCUGGACGAGGCGGAGCAGAUCGCCCUCAAGGGCGGCAAGAAGCAGGUCCAGAAGUUGGAAGCCAGGGUCAAAGAACUGGAGAAUGAAAUGGAAUGUGAGCAGAAGAAGAGCCAAGAGUUUCAAAAGGGAGUUCGCAAGUAUGAGAGGAGGAUCAAAGAGCUCCUCUACCAGGGGGAGGAAGACAAGAAGAACCUGGUCCGCCUGCAGGACCUCAGCGACAAGCUGCAGACCAAAGUGAAGAGUUACAAGAGGCAGUCUGAAGAAGCGGAAGAGCAGGCCAACACCAACCUCUCCAAGUCCAGGAAGCUCCAGCACGAGCUGGACGACGCGGAGGAGAGGGCCGACACGGCCGAAUCGCAGGUCAACAAGCUGCGGGUCCGCACCCGGGACCAAGGCGGCAAGCAUGCUGACUGAUGGGAGGCCCGAGAGCCACCGCCAAUCAUAUCACAGCCAGCUGCAACAGCUGUGCUCGACUGUGACGACGCACCCAUGUAAAGACUUCAAAAAAGUGUAUUUUAAAGCGUGGCUGUUGUUUUUUCCGCCCCAUGUGUCAACGUGUGAUAAAGCUAGAAAUCCCCACAA